CUCCUGAGGUGAUUAACUUUGAACCAAUCAGCCUUUCAACUGAUAUGUGGGCUGUUGGCGUACUCACGUAUGUUUUUCUAACUGGCUGUACACCAUUUGGAGGAGACACUGACCAGGAAACAUUUGUCAAUAUCACUCAAGGUGAAUUUGAUUUUCCUGAAGAAUUAUUUGCAGACAUCUCUGAUCAAGCAAAAGACUUCAUCUGUGGCCUUCUUGUCAAAAAGCCAAGUGACAGAAUGACAGUAGAUGAUUGCCUUAACCACACAUGGAUGUCUACACCUUUGCCUCCAUUGCGUCCGUCCAUCAUUGCAGAAUCAUAUGAAACACAAGAGGAAGAGCCAACAAAUUACCAUAAUGUUUUCGAUGCCCAUGAUUAUCGUUCACCAUAUCCUGCUCCUAACGAACAUUUAUAUCCAUUACCCGAAGCCGACCAUGCAGACUCAGCAUAUUCAAGUGACUCAAGCAGCAGCCCAACAUUUACAGAGGGCUACAGCACCCUGGUUGUUCCACCACUCUGUCACUGUACUAUCCCUGAAGAACAGCAGCAACAACUUCAACAGCAGCAGCAACAUCAGCAAAAGCAGAAUAGACAGCAAAUGCCAUUGAGCAGCAUUUCUACUCUGACACGACGGAAAUCUAGCAAAGGUAACCAUCUCAGUGUUGAUAUGGAGGAGACAUUACGAUCUCUUCGCCACCAUCAGCCUAUACGUGCCACUAGGCGUGCAUCUCUUGUCUUAGAUGAUCCUCGUUACCUUCACGAAGCUGCACGACAAUUUCAUGAUGUUGUCAGACCGCUGGCUGAAACCCAACGACCAUUAGUUGAAGAGGGUAUUCUUACACGGGACUCUGAUGUAGAUAGUGGAGUAUCCUGCCAUGACUGUGAAGAAUCACGUGUUGAAAGUCAAAGAUUAUGUCACUCGGAUUCAUAUGAUGGUGGAGAUGCGGCCAGUGUUGUAUCCUGGGAUGACUAUGCUGAUCUAGGUGGACGUAGGCCUUCUCUCACUCAGAUUGAUCCAGCUACCUUAUGUUCAGUUGCAAAACCGUGGGAGAAAUUAUGUAAUGGGUCUGUGUCACGAGCAAUAACACAACUUACUGUGAAAAAAGUUCCCAAAAAUUCUGAAUUAAGAAGCUCUAAGGCUGAUCUCAGAGGCUCUAAAGUUGACCUUAGAGGGUCACGAAAUGAUCUUUGCACAUCAAAGUCAGACUUAAGGGCAUCUAAAUCUGAUCUAAGAGCAUCAAAAUCAGAUCUGAGGGCUUCAAAAUCUGAUUUAAGGUCUUCAAAAUCAGAUAUACGAGCCUCUAAAUCUGAUCUGAGGGCUUCUAAAGCUGAUUUAAGAGCAUCAAGACAAGACCUUCGAGCAUCAAAACCUGAUCUUCGAGCCUCGAGGUCUGACCUUCGAGCUUCAAAAUCAGACUUACGUGCUUCAAAGUCAGAUUUAAGAGCAUCCAAAAGUGAAUUGCGAGCCUCCAGAACAGAUCUACGAGGAUCGAGGACAAAUCUCACACUUUCUAGGCUGGACCUUGCUCAUGAAACUUUAGAUGAUGAGUGUGUGUUGGAGGAUGAAGCUGAGGAUGUGCUACACUGUGACCUUACAUUACCCAGACACGGCAAUAUUGACAGAUCAGCACUUGCCCAUUUUAUUCGUGGUAAUUCCUUGCAUAUGAGCAUCCGGGUGCCCAAGCAUAGGGACAUGAACAUUUGAUGAUACUUACAUCUUAUGAAGUCCCUCCAUUUGUACUUAACAUACGAUGAUGCUAAUGUGUUCUAGUCAUAACUUAUGUAGAAAGUGAGGAGUGAAAAGUAUAUUUAGCUGAAAUAUGGUCCAUGCUACUGUCUGAAUGAUUGAUAGACUGCAAGACCAUCAGUCUUGGGGUUUUGUAAAUGAUGUAUGAUAUAUUAUGAAUAGAUUUAAUUUUUUAUCCCAAAGUCAUUGUCACCAAAGGCAAGCAGAUUAAAGUUGCUACUUCUGACUGUGCAAGUGACUGCGAUGGAGGUGAUCAUGUUUGUGUUCUCAAGCAGAUGGUCGAAGAAGAAAGUUUCAUUCUACGAGUGUACUUUUUUCUUUUAUGAUGACACUGUGAUGAACCCACAUGCUGCUGUUAUUGGAUGUAUCAGAUGAAAAUGUGUUAUUGAUAAUUGGAAGGCUUAUUUGCCUCCUUUGUUCUGCAGAUCUCUAAAAUAUUACUAUAACUGACUCCUCCAUAUUAGAUGAAAUAAGUACAGUACAGUAUAAUGCAGUAAAUAUAACACAUGAGAAGUAGAGACACCAGUCAUAGCAUAAUUUUCCUUUUUAAAAUGCAUUUGAUAGUUAAUUUUAUUAUAAAUGUUUUUACUAAUCAUGUUAAACAGAGGCUAUCUAUCUUAAGAUUUAUGUUCUCUGGACUUAAACUACCCAACUAUGCUGUCAUACUAUACUAGGUCUAUCAACCUUUACUGGUAUGUCAAACUAAACCUCCUCUCUAAAGCAUUAUGACCUAGCAUACCACAAUAUGCCUAUGAAAGCACUGUAGUGACCUCUACUGGCAUCCCACAUUAAGCCUCCAUCUGAAAUGCUGUAAUAUAAUGAGAAUUAUCAUUUUCAAGAAGUAACAUUUCCAAGAAAACAUUCCUCGUUUGGCCGAUACAUUAUUUUUAUUGAGAAAAUUGUUGAAAUACUUGUAGAUGUUAAUUUAAACCUUAUUGUAGUCUACAAAGCAAAAGAUUGUCUGUAGCAAGAGAUUGUCUGUUUGUAUGUGGUAAUGAUUGUGUUGAGAAGUGAAAUACAUUAAUGAGACAAGUAGAGAUUCAAGAUCAGUCUUGGCACAUUAAAAUUCACUCAUUCACAUGAAAUAUGCAGGUGCUAUUGUAAUUAACAUUAUAAUUCUAUAUUUUUCUGUGUUUAUCUUGAUCUUCUAUUUAUAAGUUUUACUUCCAAAUACUUGUAUGGCUUCAUCAUAAACAUACAUUCUUU